AUGGCACCAAGACUUCAUCCACAUUCAAGACAUUGUGCAAAGGCUCUUCAAGAGAAAUUUGGCAUUGUGCGCAGUGGUGAGCAGGUUAAGAAUCACCUUAAGACAUGGCAAAAGAAGUUUCGUAAAAUAUGUGACCUUCGUGGUUUGAGUGCUGCUGGUUGGGAUGAAGAUACCUUCACUAUAACUCUUGAUGAUGAGCACUACAACAAUCAUAUUAAGGAUCACAAGUCUGAUGCUGAUUUUCUAAACAAGCCUAUUCAACACUUUGAGGAGAUGCACACAAUAUUUGGAAGUACCAUGGCUACAGGCAAGUUUGCAAAGGACUCGGGUGUGCCUCUAGGUACACAGGAAGACAGUACAGAUGACUGGGACAAUGAGGUGCAGAGGAUGGAGGUACAGAGUGAUAGGAAUGCAAAUGAAGACAACAAUGCGGCAACUUCAUCGGCUACCAAGGCCACCAAUCCUAAGAAGAGGGACAAGGGCAAGAAGAGGGCCAUGACUGACCAAGAUCCAUUGGUUGUUGCAAUUAAAUGGGGAAGUACCAAGUUAGCCAAGGCGAUAAAGGAGGGGAAACACGACAAUGAUGUGCUUGGAUGA